AUGAGUUUAGAAAUUUGGUCAAAUUUGAAGCUUUCACUGCUGGGCCGUAUUGUUGCGAUAAAAAUGAAUGUAUUGCCUAGAAUGUUGUUUUUGUUCCAAACGUUGCAGAUUGUGGACAAAAUGGAUUGUUUCAAGAGGUGGCAGAAAGAUAUUUCUAAAUUUGUCUGGCAGGGCAAGAAGCCAAGAAUAAAAUUUAAAAUACUAACAGAUGCAAAGGAAAUAGGUGGAUUUGCCCUGCCAGACCUCAAACUUUAUUAUGAAUCAGCAGCUUUUUGCUGGUUGAAAGAAUGGCUACUUCUUGAAAACACUGACAUUUUGGAUUUGGAAGGUUUUAAUAAUGUAUUUGGAUGGCAUGCAUAUCUAUGGUAUGAUAAGGUCAAAGCACAUAAAGCAUUUAGAAACCACAUUGUCAGGAAAGCGCUAUUUAAUGUUUGGUUAAGAUAUAAGGAUUUGCUAGAAAACAAAACCCCAAGGUGGCUGUCACCAAUGGAAGCGAAAGCCUUGAAAAAGCUCAAUAUGGAGGUCAAAUGGCCGAAAUACUGGGAAAUUUUGGAACAAGACGGAGAUAGACUGAAAUUGCAGAGUUUUGAAAAACUAAAAAACAAAGUGCGAGACUGGCUUCAUUAUUAUCAGAUAAUGGAGGCAUUCAAAUUGGACAGGAAAAAUGGCUUCCAGGUGGAAAGAUCCAAAUUAGAAACAGAAUUGUUAGAACCCAAAACUAAGAAUUUGUCAAGAAUGUACAACUUGCUGCUGAAAUGGAAUACUCAGGAUGAAACGGUAAAAUCGGCUAUGAUUAAAUGGGCACAGGACAUUGGACAUAACAUUAUGUUUGCUGACUGGGAACAGUUAUGGACCACAGGUAUGAAAUUUACGGCAUGUAAUGCCUUAAGAGAGAAUGUUAUGAAAAUGAUAUACAGGUGGUACAUAACCCCAGUCAAGCUUGCAAAAAUCUAUCACUUGCCCGAUAACAAAUGUUGGAAAUGUAAAGAAACUGAAGGUACAUUUUUCACCUUUGGUGGACGUGCCCAAAGAUUAAGGCUUUCUGGGAAAUGAUAUAUAAUGAAUUGAAAAAGGUAUUUAAGUAUACCUUCCCUAAGAAACCAGAGGCCUUUCUCCUGGGCAUAGUCGGCCAAAUGGUGUUAAAAAGGAUAGAACUUUCUUUAUGUAUGCAACAACAGCAGCAAGAAUACUCAUCGCAAAGUAUUGGAAGACACAAGAACUUCCCACGCUGGAGGAAUGGCAGAUGAAAUUUAUGGACUAUAUGGAAUUGGCGGAAAUGACUGGUAGAAUCCGUGACCAGGGAGAAGAGUCGAUGGAGGAAGAUUGGAAGAAAUUCAAAGACUAUCUUCAGAAAUAUUGCAAAAUUAAAGAAUGUUAGAGUGAUGUUGGACUGAAAAUAAGCGGUUUCCAGCUGUACAGGUUAAAGUUAAUGAUAGACUAAGAUUAAAGAUUAGGAUUGAAGAUGUUUAAAGAAAUGGAAAUUUGAUAUUAAGAGGAAAAAUAUUAACAUUAUAUGAUACUAAGACAAAAGAUCAGGUUUAAAGAAGUUGAAGUUAUAUAUUUUAAUAUUUUAUUAAAGCUAAAGAUUGGGAUUAAAAAAGUGGAAAAGAAAUUGCUGGACAAAUAAUUUGGAUUGGAAUACAAAAAAGGGAGAUAUGAGGAAGUCCAGAAAAUAAGUAACUAAAAAACGGAAAUGGAAAAGAGAUAUUGUUUUUAAUUGUUAUGUUUUUUGCUCUUUUAUUGUUGAAUUUUGCUUUUUUUGUGUGUUUUUGUUAUAUAUAUGGUGUAUGUUCUUCUUUUUUGUUUCUUUGUUGUUCAAAACUUUAAUAAAAAAUUAAAAAAAAAACAAAAUGAGAAGAAGGAUAAGAUAUUGGAGAAAAUAAAGGAAAGUGAAAAAAGAUUGAGAACAAAUCCAAAAUCUCAAGAGAUUUUGAGAGAAUUAAAGUUACAUCAAGUACAAUAUAUGAAAAUGAUGAAUCAGGAAAUAGAAUGGAAAAUUAAACAAAUGAGACAAAAGACAUUUGAGUCGGCUAACAAAUGUGGGAAACUGUUGGCUUGGCAAAUGAAAAAAAGACAAAAAUUAAAUACAGUUACGAAUUUAGAAGUGGAAGGAAGGAAUAUACAGAACCCAGCUGAGAUUAGAAAUUGCUUCCAGAGGUACUUUAAACAACUAUAUACACAAGGGCCACUGAAAGAAACUGAUAUAGAUCAAUUUUUGCAAACAAAUGGAUUACAAAAAAUCUCUCAAGAAAAUAAACUAAUGUUGAACUAUAAAAUAACUGAACAGGAGAUAGAAGGUGCCAUCCAAAAUAUGCAGUUGGGUAAGUCUCCAGGACCGGAUGGAUUGACUUCUAGAUAUUACAGAUCCUUGAAAGAAUGGUUAAUACAACCUUUGAAAGAGGUCUGUAAUGAAAUAAUGGAGGGGUAAAGAGCACCAGAGUCGUGGAAAGAAGCAUAUAUUACACUUGUACCGAAAACAGAGACUGAAAAGACACAGCUUAAGAACUACCGCCCCAUAUCAUUACUCAAUGUGGAUUACAAUAUUUUUGCAGACAUUUUGGCUAAGAGUUUUAAAAAAGUGUUGAUGGAAGAGAUUCAUAAAGAUCAAGCAGGCUUUCUCCCAGGAAGACAUUUGUCUGACAACUUGAGGAAUAUAAUUGAUAUUCUGGAAAAACUAGAAGUGAAUAUAAAUACUAAAGCAGUUUUGAUAUUUGUGGAUGCGGAGAAAGCUUUUGACAAUAUUUCUUGGAGCUUUAUGAAGAAGAACCUACAGGGUAUGGGGGUAGGCCAAGGCUUUGAAAAUGGUAUAAGUGCAAUUUAUUCAGAACAAAAGGCUAAAUUAAUUGUAAAUAAUGUGGUGACGGAAGAACUUAAAAUAGAAAAAGGGACAUAACAAGGUUGCCCAAUUUCCCCACUACUUUUUAUUUCGGUCCUGGAGGUUUUGCUGAACAUGAUUAGAAGGGACCAGUUGGUUAAAGGCAUACAGGUCGGAGCUAAACAGUACAAAUUGAGAGCAUUUGCAGAUGAUUUAGUACUGACGUUACAGGAGCCAGAAUCUAGUACCAAAAGGGUUUUAGAACUGAUUCAAGAAUUUGGUCAGGUUGCAGGAUUUAAAUUGAACAAGUUAAAAACUAAGGUUUUAGAGAAAAAAUCUAACACCAAUGGAGAGAGAGAGGUUUCAGAAUGCGACAGGUUUAACAGCGGUUAAGAAAGUUAAAUACCUGGGGAUUAACAUGACAGCAAAAAAUGAGAAUUUAUUUAAAGAUAACUAUGAAAAAUGUUGGCCUGAAGUGAAAAAAGAUCUAGAAAUUUGGUCAAAUUUGAAGCUUUCACUGCUGGGCCGUAUUGCCGCGGUAAAAAUGAAUGUAUUGCCUAGAAUGUUGUUUUUGUUUCAAACUUUGCAAAUUGUGGACAAAAUGGAUUGUUUCAAGAGGUGGCAGAAAGAUAUUUCUAAAUUUGUCUGGCAGGGCAAGAAGCCCAGAAUAAAAUUUAAAAUACUAACGGAUGCAAAGGAAAGAGGUGGAUUUGCCCUGCCAGACCUCAAACUUUAUUAUGAAUCAGCAGCUUUUUGCUGGUUGAAAGAAUGGCUGCUUCUUGAAAACACUGACAUUUUGGACCUAGAAGGUUUUAACAAUGUAUUUGGAUGGCAUGCAUAUCUGUGGUAUGAUAAGGUCAAAGCACAUAAAGCAUUUAAAAAUCACAUUGUCAGGAAAGCACUGUUUAAUGUUUGGAUAAGAUACAAGGAUUUAUUGGAAAACAAAACUCCAAGGUGGCUGUCACCAAUGGAAGCGAAAGCCUUGAAAAAGCUCAAUAUGGAGGUUGAAUGGCCGAAAUAUUGGGAAAUUUUGGAACAAGAUGGAGAUAGACUGAAAUUGCAGAGUUUUGAAAAAUUAAAAAACAAAGUGCGAGACUGGCUUCAUUAUUUUCAGAUAAUGGAGGCAUUUAAUUUGGACAAGAAAAUUGGCUUCCAGGUGGAAAAAUCAAAAUUAGAAACAGAACUGUUAGAACCCAAAACUAAGAAUUUGUCAAGAAUGUAUAACUUGCUGCUGAAACUCAGGAUGAAACGGUGAAAUCUGCUAUGAUUAAAUGGGCACAAGACGUUGGACACAACAUUAUGUUCGCUGACUGGGAACAGUUAUGGACCACAGGCAUGAAAUCUACGGCAUGUAAUGCCCUAAGAGAGAAUAUUAUGAAAAUGAUAUACAGGUGGUACAUAACCCCAGUCAAGCUUGCAAAAAUCUACCAUUUGCCUGAUAAUAAAUGUUGGAAGUGUAAGGAAAUUGAAGGUACAUUUUUUCACCUUUGGUGGACGUGCCCAAAGAUUAAGGCUUUCUGGGAAAUGAUAUAUAAUGAAUUAAAAAGGUAUUUAAAUAUACCUUCUUGA